UUAAAGCGUCGCCGUCGCCGACGGCCCGUCGGUCGCUGAAAGGUGGGAAAGUCAUUUUCACAAUUUUCAAUUUAUUAAUAUUUUCAGGAAGCUUAAAGGUAAGUAUGUAUUUGAUUUUCUGUGUGCGGUUUCUCAUCGAUUCAAAAAAACUUUUCUUUGGAUUAAGUAUAGCCUAAAAUGUCCAAAACCAAAACGGCGUAUAAUACAAAUUGUUGUGUACCUGGUUGCAACUCAAAAAAAAGCUCAAACAGGUCUUUGCACUUUCAUCAUUUUCCGAGAAAUGACGAACCACCAAUAACAAUAGUAAAUUCCUGGGGGACAAAAGAAAAAGUUAGUAGGAAAAAACUGUGGGAAGUACUAUUAAUGAAGAAAGAAGCUGCUCCAGGUUUGGUUGUUUGUUCUCUUCAUUUCAGAAAAGAAGAUUAUCUGGCAAGGAGUGACGCAAUUUUAGUACAAAAGGCAAGACUUAAAAAAACCGCAGUUCCCUCACUUAAGUUGCCUAAAAUAGAUACUAAAUUAUCAAGCAGAAAACACAAAACAAGUAAUUUAAACAUGGGCAACUUCGUAAAGCAUUAAUUGCUACCAAAUCUUUGUUACAAUUAGGGCAAUAGCUAAUUGCCAAACUUAUGAUAAGACAACAUAAGGUAAAACUUAAUAGUUUUAAAAUUUGAAGCUUUUAUUAACUUUUAUGUUUGAACACCAGUAUUUAUACAAUUCUGUACUUACAAUAAAUAAAAAUUGGGAAUGUA